AUGCCACUACUCAAUGACGCCGAGCAACAUGAGCGUAUGCUCACAACGCUUAGGCGCCGAAUUCGCGACCUCCGAUCCAACCCAGAGAACAGCAAACUGGUCAUUGCAAGACUGAACGCAAUUCGCCAUCUGGCACGCAUCUGUGCACAGUUCGGGAAGGAUGCUCGUUUUACGCAUUUUUGUGAUACACUUCAGAAGGCUUUGCCCGGGCAAAUCGGACUGCUCAAGAGUGACAUAAACAGUAACGUUAUAGUUGCAGAUGCUCUCGAGCGAAUGAUUCUUGAAUCUUCCUUGAUUUCCCGUCCAGUCGUUGUUGUCAAUAGACAGGGUGAGACGGUCGACCAGGAUGCUGAUGCUGAUGCAGGAUGUAGUAACGAUGAAGGCGAGAUGGAUCCCAGCGAUGAUAACUAUAUCGCUCGGUUGCUCCUUGGUUCAAAAUGGGCUAGAGAGAUAGUUGAUUUUGCCGAGGAGCCAUAUAAGGAGAUUGAUGCUAGUGACAAGGAAAGUGAAAUGGACCCAAGCGACGAUGCCUAUAUCGCACGCCUGCUCCUUGGGCCGAGCUGGGCUACUCCGAUAGCUGAUUUUGCCGAGGAAUAG